ACCCUUGACCUUAUCUGAUAGACCUCUGUGACCUGUCAUGCUGUGAUCUUUGUUAGGUGUCUGUGCUCAUCUUGUCUCUUACACCUGCUUCUGGUGCAUCUUAUAUUCUGUCUAUAUUUAAUCUCUGCGGACUAUUUCAGACUCAGCCUGUCUGUCUCUAUUGUAACUUUGAUUUUUUUUUUUUUAUUCCUGUCAUCUUUUGUUUAACUUCUGUAAUUAGUGUGCAGAGAGCUCAGCAAUGGAUCAUUAUGUUUGUCAGAUUCAAUUAAUAGAAAUCUAUUUUUAGUGAUUCAAUCGGAGCCUAACAUGUCUCAUUCCAUCAAAGCAAAUAAAACACAGCCUUUCUAACCAAUCAUCAUUUGUGAAAAGAUAAGCUUUUCACCCCCAUUGCCAUCUUUAACGUCACUGAAUUUGAGUUUUUGUAUGGGGAUUUAGAUGUUAUUCAGCUUUUGUAAGCGCUAAGUCAGUUACUGAAGUGUGAGUUUAAACAUACUCAACGAUUUUCAUUUUAUAUUCUCUCUUUUCUUGUCUUGUAUUUGUAUAGGUGUUUUACGCUUCAUUUCAUGACAGUUUGAUUCAAUUUUCUGUUCUGAUUCUAACCUUAAAGCUUGUAGCUUAAUCUAUAAUGCAGUUUUUCCUAGAAUGUCAUGUCACAUUUACAUUACAUUUGUAUAAAUUAAAAUGCAGAUGCUGGGUGUAAAGUGUACAAGUGAAAAUGAUUGAAGAGGAAAUGAUUUGAUUAAAUCUGCUCAGUCUGUCACAGUACCUCUUCAGCCAAACACAUUUUCUAAACGUUCUGCACUUACAGUUCUCAUGCCUACCUUUCUGCACAACUUAACAUUUCCAAUGGGCGACUGCAGUGUAAAACAUCCUGGGGAUAUUUUAGGAGCUCAGAAACUGAACUCAGCUGAGCCUGGUGGUGAUUAAAAGUGGAUCUAAUCUCACUCAUUGGUUUCACAAGGUCCCUCACAUUUCGGAUGGGGCUUACACUUACAGCAAUUUGACUGGAUGUGAGAAUAGCAGAGGAGCUGCAGAAAGAAAAAGAUUAGAGACGAGAAUUGGGAGAUUGGGUUGUUUUAGUAGUCAUCCCUGAUCCCUGCCGCUCACGGCGUGUGUAGGUGCCUCAGACUUAGUUGUAAGACACAAAGAGAGGAUUUUUAAACUUCUGUGGGUUGUACAGAUUUGCAUGUACGCCAAAAAAAAAUAAAUUUCACCUGAAAGACAUGACACCCUGGUUAAGCAGCAGCAGCAGAGAAAUGUAACAUAGAGAAUAGCAUUUGCUCUCUCUGAAGGGACUGAGCAGCAGUCAAAAUAAAGUUAACCCAUAUUUUUCUGCUCUGUUGAUUUAGAUUCGAGCAAAAAUGAACCCACACUUCAUGGUGAAGAUUUUGAGGGACAGCAUGGUAAUGUGCUGCUCUGUAAUGUGCUAAGGGCUUAGUGGGACAAGACUCAGAGGACCGUAUCACUUUAAUCACAGUCUUGCUGAAACCAGGUCAAUCUGCAAUUAACCCCACCAGGUCUUAUGGUCACUGCCUGAUUCAUAUUACACUGUUAUAAUAAUAAUCAUAGCAUUCCUAAGUUGAGAAAUGCACAUGGCCGAGUUUGAUGUAGCCCACAUCAAACAUUGCAAAACGAAUCAUGCAGUUGAAGACAACAUAGAGCUUGAGAUGCUAAUUACCCUAUGCAAUACCAAGCUGGUUUAUCAUCACCCACAUUAACAGCACUUUCAGGAUAUGUAUACACAGACUAUUUGAAUUUCUAGUUCUGUGCUCCUGUGUUUUGGGUCAGGUUCUUAAUGCACACCAGCUUUUUAUCUUCUCUUUGCUUUCAGAUCAUAAAUUUCCGCUGACGAUUUAUAAUCUGUUUUACUCAUUUACCUUCUAAAAUCCUAUGCAUCCUUAAAUAAGCUGGAAUCAAAAUGCAGAACUGAAAUGUGACAUGCUGCACAUGAAACAACAUGUCCCUAAAAAAGUGUCUGGAUGAAGCUGGUGUUCUGACAUUUCAUAGAGUUGGUCAGAGUUUUAAUGAGCUCUGUGAGGGAGCACUGAGUUGCAGCUGACAAGUGUAGAGAAGGUCUCUCACAUGUAAUUUGCUUCUUGCUAUAAUGACUAAUCUAUUAGCUGCUAUAAUGAACGGUCUCAGCUCUAACACCUGCAAUGAAUGCUAGCCUGGCCCCCCUGCAGAUCUCAUCACCUCCUCCACUCUGGUCACUAAUGCAAAAAAUUAAUUAAAUACUAAUGCGUUUUUUCUCCUCAGUAGGUUUAUGUUUUUGUGCUGUAGGUUUAUUCUUCUCAGAGAAAGUUUAUUGUAUCCCAUUAAGGGUAGAAGAUGGUUGCAGGACUUUUCUAUAAAAGUAAAGAAGUUGGACUCCACCUCUCAUCACCUGUCAGAUAGAGAGAUAAAGACAGAGGUGACAUGUAGUUAGGAGUGAUAGCAUGCGAUCAGGAGGAGACUAGACUCCUGAAGCUUCACAGACAGGAUCAGCUCUGCAAACUUAUACGCAGCCUGAGACGUGCACCUGCCAGCUGUUGAUAAUCUUGUAUGUUCUGUGCACACACGCCGGGAAAGCCUGCAGAUCUUUCCUCUAUCUUUGUCUGAUCAUUGUCAGACAUGGACGCAGAUAGCAGGGAUUCAGCUUCACCUUGAGUGUCGCAACAGGACUCAGUCAGCUGUCUGCCAUUUGACAAAAGCACAGCAGUCAGAGGGAGAGUCUAAUACUGAAGUCAAGUCAAGCUGAAACAUCUAUUGACGCCGCAGGAUGCCAGUUUGAGGAAAGUUAGAAAUGGCUAGAAAUCAUGACAGUAGCUUUAGAUCUCCUAUGGUGACAAAGGUGCACUGGAGGAAACCCAGCCAUAACCCAGAUUUAUUUGAAAUGAUUGAAAAGAUGCAGGGCAACAGGAUGGAUGAACAGAGAUGCACCUUUCCUCCCCCACUCAAGACUGAGGAGGACUACAUUCCGUAUCCAAGUGUUCAUGAGGUUUUAGGUCGAAAAAGCCCUUUUCCUCUCAUCCUCCUGCCACAGUUUGGGGGCUACUGGAUUGAGGGAACCAACCAUGAGUUGGGUGAUGCAGUUGACUCAGAGUUACCGCAACCUCUGUCCCCAAACACUCGCACAAAGCUGGAAUGUAACACAACAGCAACACUGUACCGUAAACACUUCUUGGGCAAGGAACACUUUAAUUACUAUUCAGUGGACAGCGCACUUGGACAUCUGGUGUUCUCACUAAAGUAUGAUGUGAUUGGUGACCAGGAACAUCUUCGUCUAAUGCUCAGGACCAAACUGAAAACGCACCAUGACGUGAUCCCUAUCUCCUGUUUGACAGAGUUUCCCAAUGUGGUCCAAAUGGCCAAGCUUGUCUGUGAAGAGAUCAACGUGGAUCGAUUUUUUCCUGUUCUUUACCCAAAAGCUUCUAGACUUAUAGUCACCUUUGAUGAACAUGUUAUAAGCAACAACUUCAAGUUUGGUAUCAUCUAUCAAAAGUAUGGACAGACUUCAGAAGAAGAGCUCUUUGGUAACAGUGUAGAGAGUCCUGCCUUUGUGGAAUUCCUGGAGUUUGUAGGAGAGAAAAUUGAGCUGCACAACUUUAAAGGUUUCCGAGGAGGGUUAGAUGUGACUCACGGGCAGACUGGCACAGAAUCUGUCUACUGCAACUACCGCAACAAAGAGGUCAUGUUCCAUGUGUCCACAAAGCUGCCUUACACAGAAGGGGACACCCAGCAGCUGCAGAGAAAGAGGCACAUAGGAAAUGAUAUUGUGGCCAUCGUAUUCCAAGAAGAAAACACUCCAUUUGUUCCAGAUAUGAUUGCCUCCAACUUUCUCCAUGCCUAUAUUGUAGUCCAAGUCAUGAACCCCUGCUCUGAUAAUGUGCUUUACAAGGUAUCAGUGACAGCGAGGGAUGAUGUACCUUUCUUUGGCCCCGCCCUUCCAAACCCUGCUAUCUUUAAAAAGGGUCCUGAAUUCCAUGAAUUCCUUUUCACGAAACUAAUCAAUGCAGAGUAUGCAUGCUACAAAGCUGAGAAAUUUGCCAAAUUAGAGGAGCGAACACGGUCUGCCUUGUUAGAAACGUUGUAUGAGGAGCUCCAUAUAAACAGCCAGGCCAUGAUGGGUGUCGGAGGCGAAGAUGACAAACUGGAAAAUGGGAGUGGAGGAGGAGGGGGCUUCUUUGAGUCGUUCAAGCGGGUGAUCCGCAGCAGGAGCCAAUCUAUGGACGCCAUGGGUCUUACUCUCAAGAAGCCACACACAGUCUCCACUAGCCUCAGCAGCAACUUUAACCACAACCCCGCAGACAGCCCCAAAUUCCCAGGGAUAUCAUUGCUUGUCCCAGGCAAAAGUCCCAGUAAAUAUGGACGUCGAGGCAGUGCCAUAGGGAUAGGAACAGUAGAAGAGUCCUUGAUCAUACCAGGGAAAAGUCCAACCAGGAAAAAGUCUGGUCCUUUCAGCUCCAGGCGAAGCAGUGCCAUUGGCAUCGAAAACAUUCAAGAAGUCCAAGAGAAGAGCAGUAGAGAGAGUUCUCCAAAUACCCAGAAGACCCCUGACAGUGGUCACGUCUCUCAAGAUCCUAAAUCUGACAACUCGUCCAAUCAGAGCUCUCCUGAGGUGCUCACAACUGCCAAGAACAGUUCUUAUCUUGGUGGCAGGGCCCCAUCCAUCACUGAGGGUCAUGACCUCUCCCGCUCCUCCUCCAACGCUAGCAGCUUCGCCAGUGUGGUGGAGGAGAACGAAACAGAGGCCACAGAGGACUAUGAUACCGGCAUGGAGAGUCUGUCAUCUGCGGGGACUCCUCACAAGCGAGACUCCCUCACCUACAGCACCUGGCUGGAGGACAGCAUGAGCAGCACCAGUACAACCAGUCGUGGUAGCUCCCCAGGGCCUGGUAAACCUGAACGAGGAAAGGGGACAGACAUCCGUAUCAAACUGGAACGACCACACGAUCAUCAGUCCUCAUCAAAUUGUUAACCUCAGUCACCUGGUUGUAUCCUGGAUCUCCAUAUUCAGCAUUCCCAUAAGUCACAGUCCUUCUGGGAGAUGAGAUGAGUACAGGCGUUUGCCAUGACCAAUGAUAAGAAGGAAGAAGACGGCGUAGAGGAGUGGAGGCAGGUGGAGCCAGGCCAGUCUGCUGCUCUGUGAAGCGAGAGCUGGCGAAGAAGACGCACAAAGAGGGGCCAGCUUUUGCACAAUGUUGUUUCCUUUCACUCUCAUCUUUGCCUGUUCGCACGUCUGUUGCCUAGUUGUAAUUUUGUAACCUGAUUGUUUUUAAAGCACCCAUUUACCUAUGAAUUCAACUGUUUUAUUUGUAAAAUAUAUUAGUUUGCUUCUAUGUGUUGUUCAAGUUUAGUUGUGCUGGCUAUACAGGGUAAAGACAGUACCACUGAGCUGUUUGUAGAGAUUUUUAAGGGGUCAUAAGUGCUUAAAUUUUGUUUUAUUUUUUUUAAGGAAACAAGUUGUAAUAAAGAUCUCUAAUGUAUACAUAGAGUAAAACCAAAUAUUACACAUCAGUACUCUUUUUUAACAAAACAUUGAUAGGAUUGCUCUAGCGGAUGUUGUAAAAUGUGACUGUUAUGGUGGCAAAAAUCCAAACACAGGUAAUAUAGUAGCUGCCCAAGUAUACAGUUAGACUUCUGUUUUAAUAGAUGUCUAACCAUUGUAUAGCUGCCAUGAUUGUUGUAUUUCCUCAGCCACUUAAAUCUCCAUAAUAUUAGAUUUCCAGUUUAACACUUAAGGUAACAAUGAAGAUAACACAUUUGCAAAAUGAAAUGAAAUCGCCUUAAAACCUCAGUUACUUUGUCCCUUUUAUUUUACCUCACUUUUUUGAUCCACAUGAUUCAUAGCCAAAAAUGGGACAGCAGUAUUAGAAAAUUAAAUGUACAACUAAUAUAUUCAGUAUAAUUUUAAGCACACUAGUUUCUUAAAUGUGGUGGUGCCAUGCAGCUACCCACUGUCUGUAUAGUCUACUAUAAAGUAAUAUAAGGAUAUAUCCUUCAUUGACUGAUCUGAAUGCUUUGAUCAUCUUGUCAGUUGGUGUAAGUGUCUACAUUUUGUUCCAAGUUGCAUUUUUCUUUAUAUGUUUUUAUUUAUUGAUUUGGUUGAAGUGUCAUUUAUGGUGUACAUCUGUUAUACUGUACCUCUAUGGUGACUACAUGCAGCCUCCUGUCAUAAGCUUAUACUGUUAGUGUUGCUUUGAAGUAAAUUAUAAUGUCUGCAUCUGUAUAGCUCUGUCUUUUUCAGGGGUCAGAUCUCUUUUUGCGCAGUACAUUUAAAAUGCAAUUUAAUAAAACAGUGAAUAUUUAUUUGUUUUUGGGUGGGAAAAUAGCUCUGAACACAACUACUGAUUUUGUAAAUAGAGGUUGCAUUGGAGUACAUAAUAUAUAAUGUAUAGGCCACUGAGUGAAGAUGAAAUGACCAACACCAUGGAAAUACUGCCAAGUUACCAGUGUAUUUUUUCUCAUAUCCUUAACUUUGAAUAUUAUUUUGAAACAAUUUUUCGAAUAAACUGAUUUUAAAAGUUUUUUUCAGACUGUUCUGUAAAAGGGAAAAGCUUCCAGCUGAUCAUUUCAGUUGCCUUAUCAUCACAAACUGUUGGUGUAUGUUUAGACAGAAGAGUAAAUACUUAAUAGCCAGCAGGAUUUACAAUGACAUGAAUGUUUUGUUGUUGUUAUUUUUAUUGUAAAUAAAUAUGCUGAGAACUUGAA